AUGGCGCUGGACAAAAGAGAUACAAUUCCGAUUCCAGGUCCGAGAGCGUUGCCAAUUAUUGGUAAUGCGUUGGACGUCCAAGGUGAAGUGCCGAUUGAGCGAAUCGCAGCGCUUGGAGGGCAAUACGGCGGAAAACGAAUACACUUCGUAUCAAGCCAUGCUUUGUUAAAUGAGCUUUGCGAUGAGAAUCGCUUCGUCAAGAAGACUGGGGGACCACUCGCACAAGUGAGAAAUGGAGUGCAUGAUGGUUUGUUCACAGCAAAUCAUGGAGAAGAGAAUUGGGGUAUUGCACAUCGAGUUCUUGUACCGGCUUUUGGACCACUACCGAUACACGGCAUGUUCCACGAUAUGAAAUCCAUCGCCGCUCAGCUCGUAAUGAAGUGGUGUAGAUUUGGGGAGUCCUACAAGAUACCGGUCACAGACGACUUCACACGAUUGACUCUCGACACACUUGCAUUAUGCGCCAUGGACUUUCGCUUCAAUAGCUUCUACGCAGAGGAAAUGCAUCCUUUUGUGUCGGCAAUGGUCAAUUUCUUGAGCUAUUGUGCUGUACGAGCAAGACGACCACCAUUCCUUCAUUCCUGGUACUCAGCCGAUGAGGCAAAGUUUUCGGAAAACAUCAAAUACAUGCGAGACUUGAGCAAUGAUCUCGUGCAAACUCGGAGAAAUCACCCCAAGGACACCAAAGACCUCCUUAACGCCAUGGUCAACGGCAAGGAUCCGAAGACGGGCAAAGCCAUAACCGACGAUUCCAUCAUCGACAACUUGAUUACUUUCCUCGUCGCUGGACACGAAACGACAUCCGGGUGGUUGUCAUAUGUGUUCUACUGCCUGCUCAAAAACCCUGAUGCUUACCGCAAAGCGCAGCAGGAAGUUGACGAGGUGGUGGGUACAGAGAGUGUCACUGAGGACCACUUACGCAAGCUCCCAUAUAUUACCGCUGUCCUUCGAGAGACGGGACGACUGCAUUCGACAGCGCCGGCAUUCUCGGUUUCUCCGAGGAGCGAAACUGGCGAGAUCCUGGCCGGGAAGUAUCACAUUCCAUUCGGUGAAGUCGUGGGCGUCAUUCUCAACAACGUUCAUCGUGACCCGGCGGUGUAUGGUGACGACGCAGAGAUGUUCAAACCUGAAAGAAUGCUUGAUGAGAACUUUAACAAGCUCCCGCCGAAUUCUUGGAAGCCUUUUGGAAACGGAGAGAGGGGUUGCAUUGGUCGUGGAUUCGCCUGGCAGGAGAUGAUGCUGGUUAUGGCAAUGCUUUUGCAGUAUUUCAACUUUUCGAUGGAUGAUCCAGCAUACAAACUACAGACUGCAUUCUCACUAACCAUCAAGCCGAAAGACUUUUACAUGAAGACUACCCUUCGAGAGGCAAGUGGAUGGACCGCUCGUACAAUCGAGCAACAUUUGAGUGGCUCUUUGAAAGUCGCAAAGCCAACGUCGGCCACUGCAGCAGACAACGGAGUGAAAUCGAACACAGCGGAGUCCAAAACGCCAGGAAAGCCCUUCACAAUCUUGUAUGGCUCGAACUCUGGCACAUGUGAGGUUUUCGCACAGACCCUUGCUGCGGAUGCCAGAGCACACGGGUUCACUGCUACCAAAGUCGAUACCCUGGAUUCCGCCAAGGGAAACCUGCCAACCGGGGAGCCAGUGGUAAUAGUCACUGCAUCGUACGAGGGAGAACCUUGCGACAACGCAGCACACUUUUUCGACUGGCUCAAGAACAACAGCGAGAAGAUCACGACUCAGUAUGCUGUUUUUGGUUGCGGGCACUCUGAUUGGAAGCAGACAUUCCAUCAAGUCCCAAAGGCCAUCGACAGGCUCUUGGAAAAGGCUGGUGGCCAGCGGCUCUGUGAGAUGGGAUCGGCAAACGCCGCGAAUGGCGAUAUGUUGAGUGAGUUUCAGGCUUGGGAGGAUGACAGCUUCUGGCCAGCUCUCCAGAAGCAGUUCGGUGAGGAGAGUGACGAGAAGCAACCCGAUGGCGUUCCCUUUGGCCAGAAUCUUACGAUUGAGAUUUUCAACAAGAGAGCGUCGCAUCUACGAUCUGAUGUUUCUGAGGCCAAGGUCAUAUCCGCAAAGACUUUGACCUCACCUGGGGUUGGUGAAAAGAGGCAUAUUGAGAUCCAGCUUCCCUCGGAGAUGACUUUUCGCGCGGGAGACUACCUCGCAGUUCUGCCUCUCAAUCCACAAGAAACAGUCCACCGCGUCCUCAAACGCUUCUCCCUCCCCUGGGACGCCAUGCUCAAGAUUUCAUCCCGCACAGGAUCUACACUCCCAACCGACCAUCCGAUAUCAGCUCAGAACCUCUUCUCCGCCUAUCUUGAACUCUCUCAGCCAGCCACGAAACGCAACAUGACUAUGCUCCUCUCGGCUGCAGCGCAAGRCCCCGAAACAACUGCAUCGCUAUCCGCACUCGAUGCAGAUUUCGCGAACUCCGUCACAGAGAAACGCCUCUCCCUAUUGGAUCUCCUGGAACAGCACCCAACCCUGGCCCUCCCAUUGAACGCCUUCGUGUCCUCCCUCAUCUCGAUGCGUGUGCGACAGUAUAGCAUAUCAUCUUCCCCAUUGUCUGACCCGUCCCAAUUGACCCUGACCUACGCUGUCCUCAACGCCCCUUCCCCAUCCGGAACCCGCCACAUCGGUGUGGCUUCAAAUUACAUGUCCUCCCUGCAACCCGGCGACAUCAUGCACGUCGCGACCCGUCCCUCGCACUCUUCCUUCCGCUUGCCCACCGAUCCGGCAAACAUCCCCGUCAUCAUGAUCGCUGCAGGAGCAGGUCUCGCACCUUUCAGGGGCUUCAUCCAGGAACGCGCAGCUCAAAUCGGAAGUGGACGAAAGCUGGCUCCUGCUAGACUCUACUUUGGAUGCAAAGAUCCCGAGAAGGACGACUUGUACCGCGAAGAGAUGGACUUUUGGGAGAGGAUGGGAGCUGUGCAAAUCCAUCGAUCCUACUCGCAGAAGAAGGAGCUUAGUGGAGGGUACAAGCAUAUCCAUGAGUUAUUCCUGGCACAAAAGGACGAGUUGCUGGAGCUUUGGGAGCAGGGAGCUAGGGUGUAUGUGUGUGGGUCGAGAGGUCUUGGGGAGAGCACGAAGAAGGCUUGUAUGGAAAUCGCGAGGGAUAAGGCGAAGAGCUCUGGGAGGGAUCCUAGUGAUGAGGAUUUGGAGGCUUGGUUUGACAAGAUCAGGAAUGAGAGAUAUAGUACUGAUGUUUUUGCUUGA